GCAGCAGCAGCAGUAGCCCGAAUCAAUAUCGUCGCGGGCAGGCGGCGCGCUGUGCUGCAGCAGAGCAGCUCGUCGUCGCCUCGGUCUAUAGACACACGCCAUACAUAGAAGUAUUUUUCCUGCGAGCUCGUCUCCGAGGAGCAGCCUCUCGAGAUGGCCGACUCCGAGUUCGAGCAGUUCCGUUACUACUUCGAGCGGCUACCCCAGCACCUGAAAGCGCCGAUAUCAAAUUACACACUAGUUCACGAUGUCAUGCUGGACGACUCGCCGACCUCGUCCCAGGGCAGCGACGCCGAGGUUGGCAGCAGGUCAGCCGGUGGUGUGGCCGGUGAUUCCGAGGACGAGGAGGUCGUGGUGCUGCACAGGCACGAAGCGCACAGUGGACACAGCUCCGCGGACGACAGCGAGGACUGCGAGCAGAUGUGCUGCUCGUCCAUCGUCGCCGACAGCGAUUUCAGCUUGUUCGCCGGGCUGAGCAGUGGUGGACUUGUCGGCAGUGCUGGGAAGACGAGGGCCGGUAUCAACGGCGGCCGGGACAGCGUUAUCAGCGACAUCGGCGACUCCUGCUCGUCCCUCAACUCCUGGCCGACGCCCGAGCAUCAUCCCAGACAACAAGCGCAGAUACAGCCCAAUGGGAGCAACAACGCUGGCACCGAACGCAGACGCAGGCGCUUGCCUGAGAUUCCCAAGAGCAAGAAGUCACUGUCGUGUCCGCUGUCGAUGCAGUCGUCGCCGUCGCUGGCCGAGGAGUUGGGAGCAGCAGCGGCUGCAGCGGCGGCAGCUGCCAACAGGCCUCACCUAAUCUUCCGCAAGUGCCAUCCGAGUCUCCGACAUCCCGAGGACGAUUCGCCGGACAGUGAACGGAUGGCAACGGAUAGCGGACACUCGACUGCGCACUCGCCGGAUAACGGGCCCAAAAGCGUAUCGCCUAUUCCUUGCAGCUCGUUGCAGAACAUCGACUCGGUCUCGCCCGACAGUACUCCUGGAAGCGGGGGUGUACCCUUCACGCAGCUGGAACUGCUGGAGGCGACGCACAGGGGACUGCACAAAUUCGUGCCGCGGCAUCGGGACGAGAUCGACCUGGAGAUCGGCGAUCCCAUUUAUGUACAGAAAGAGGCCGACGACUUGUGGUGCGAGGGAGUGAAUCUGCGAACGGGUCGUCAGGGCAUCUUCCCGUCGGCGUACGCAGUGGACAUGGACUACAGCGACUUUGAUCCAGCGGCGCCGAAGGUCAAGAAGGAGCGUUAUCUCCUGGGUUAUUUGGGUUCGGUCGAAACCCUCGCGCACAAGGGCACGUCGGUCGUCUGCCAGGCCGUGCGUCGAAUCGUCGGCAACGGCUCCCAGGACUCGCCCGUGUCGCAGAGCUGCAUACUCGAGGUCUCCGAUCAGGGGCUCAGGAUGGUCGACAGAAGCAAGCCCAGAAAGAACACGGGCCCGUGUCACGACUACUUCUACUCGCUGAAAAACGUCUCCUUCUGCGCCUUUCAUCCUCGAGACCACCGUUACCUUGGAUUCAUCACGAAGCAUCCCACGUUGCAGAGGUUCGCGUGUCACGUUUUCAUCGGCCAGGACUCGACGAGACCAGUCGCCGAAGCAGUCGGACGAGCCUUUCAUCGAUUCUACACGAAAUUCAUCGAGACUGCUUUCCCCAUAGAGGACAUCUAUAUUGAAUAAAGUUCCCGCAGCCAUCUCAUCAGCAAUCCCCUCUGUAAAUACAUUUCUCCCAUAAAUAGUUGCCAGCGCACCGGCAGAGAACUACAAUAUAUUAUAUAUAUAUAUAUAUGACAAACAAAUUAUAUAAACCAAACAUUAAGCGCGACGUGGAAGGAAAACAAAUCAACGUGUUUAAUCUUCGUCUUUCGGUUGAAUUUUGUAGCUUCGAAGAAUAUCGUACUCGAGUAGCUACUUUAAAGAAGAAAAAAAUAAUAAAAAUAAACAAAACAAAACAAAAAAUGACAACAGAGAAAAUCAACCUCAAUCAAUAUAUACAUACAGGUGAAAUUUGUAUAUUACUUAUACGACGCUAUAUGCAUUGUUAUUAUCAAAAAUAUUUAAAGUAGCGCUUUGGGUAUUUUUUUAUUCUUAGGACGGAGAGAAAACAUUUUUCUUGAUUUCUGUGAUCUCAUACGUAUGUGUAUCGUUGAUGAACGUCAAUUUAAUGACAUUCUUUCGCUGCGUCUAUAUAACUAAAGUUCGGAUUGUAUACCCUAAUUAGACCGAGGCGAAAUUAUCAAAUUUUUCUAUUUUACAAAAAUGGGAAAGAAUUUCAUUAUACUGAUCGAUUCUCGCUCGCAAAGUAGUGUCAGAAAGUUUUUGAGUUGCGUAGUUUGACUUCGUAUUAUUAUUAUUGCGAGUAUAUAAAAACGCGAAAUUAACUACACAUAAGUAUUGUAUUUUGCAUGUUACGAAAUGUUCUCCGUGGUAUUCAAUUUCACUGUAAUUUAAAUCUAAGUGCGAUUUUCGCUAUGUAUAUCAAAAGGACCAUUUCGUGUAGGGCGCGUAGAAUACGACUAGUGUUGUAGAAGUAUUACUUCCUCCAAGUGGCAAACACUUCUUAUAUGGUAUCGAGUUCUUCAAAAUCGCAAUGAACGUGUCCGACGGUUUACCGAAAGCGAGACGAAAACAAAGUUCGAAAAAUUUCACCUGUCUGUAUAGUCCUGGCGUAGCCCCAUAUACUGACCGAAAUGCUUUAAAAUAAUGCGACGAAUUUCAACGGCACUUACCGUUUUAGCUUGACGAUAAAGUGUAAAAUUAAAUUUGUAUGAAAAUUUAAAUCGAAACCUUUGUGGACGACUACUCAUCAAUGGUGUAAGGUGACCCCCGGACUGCGCCAGGACUAGUAUAUCGCAAUCGAUCGAUGCAUACUCGAAAGCAAUUGACAAAAUAUACUCUUUACAAACGUAUUAUUAUUAUUGUUUAAGCGCGCGAUUACUCUUAUUGACGAUUGUUUACAAUUUUUAUUAUUUAACGUUGACUUUUGUAUCUCGAGCACGCUGCAGUGCCAUCGCUUCGACGAAAAAAGUAUUUCAAUUAAACAUCUAUCACGGCUAUAUGAUAUUGUUUCAUUAAAAAAAAAAGCUCGCUAGAAAAGCUCACAAACAUAAAUAUUUUUCUAUUUGUUCGCGAGACGCGUGUGUGAUGUGAACGCGAAAGGUGUUAUCGAACACGGUUAACGGAGACCUGUGAAUUCGAGCGAAGGAACGGAAAGGCGAGAUUUGCAUUUUAUUUUGUGUGAAGAAGAAAUGAAAAGACUUAUAGCUUAUAGUUAGCUGACUAAUCGUCGAUGUAAUUAAUAAAUUAUCUGUAAGAUUUAAAAGAAAAAAAUGUGUAGAACAUUUAAAAUCCGAUAUGUGCAAGAAGGGAAAUCGUGGUAUGCGGAGCGAAGUUUUUGUAAACAAUUAUUUUUACGAUCAUUUUUCUUUUUUCAUUCUUUCUCAUAAUGUCUACAUAUAUUUUUCUCAUAUCAGGCAGCAUUAUUUACAAAAAUGUUCCACCUCUACGAAGUCUUGAUAAUUCAGUCUUGACACAAUAACUAUUACGUGUACAAUGAUUUCCAAUCAUUAUAAAGAAUUCAUUAUUUGUUAUACAAUAAUAAUAGUAAUAAUAAUAUUAAUCCACCCUUAUCUCCUUCUAUUUUUCCUUUUUUUUUAUAAUUUUUAAUCGUACAAGAUUAUUAUAAUUUUUCUUUUAAUUUAGCGCAUUAACAAAAACAGUAAAUAAUUCACGUUUAUAUGAAAAAUCUAUGCCAAAUCAACGAUCUAAAUUUAAUUUCUCAAACAUAUCUUUAAAAGUUUAUAUAUUUAGGAGUUUCGUUAAUUUCACAGGUACUUCAUCAUAUACAAUUUUAAGCGAUGAGGAGCAUUUGGGUUGGCUGCGCAAUUGACGACGUACUACGUAUGUACAAGUUUAUCGAAAACCGAUUUUCGUCAGACUGACGUAAUUGCUGCAUUCCGUAUCGAAGAAUCAGGUAAAUGUAAAAAAACGAAUUGAGUCUUAAAAAAAAAAGAUGACAAGUCUUAUUUUCUUAAAAAUGUUUCAUCGAAAUAUUUAUAUUCUGCGGAUAAAAAAUGAAACCUGAAUGCAAUUUUUUACACAGAGUGUGACAUUGAUUAAUCGUUUCUUCGAUUCCACAAUCUUCGACUAGAACUUUAAAUUCGUGAUUUAGUGGCAUAUAGAAUUUUUCGCCUUCAUAUUACAUACGAAGAACCGCAAUUUCAAAAAAAUCGUAGCACGUCAUGCGCAGACAAAUUGGAAGAAUUUGUCGUUUCCUUUUUUUUCUUUUAAUCGCUGUUACUUCGUUGAGAAUUACUAAGCAGAACUAUGUCGUUAACGAAUCACUGAGAAUCUGAUCUUUGAACAGUCUGAGUUUUCUCGAAAAAUUGGUUGUCUAACUUUUUAAAAAGUAAUUAUUAAGUACAUCAUACAGCAAUGAAUGUCUCUGUCACGCGAAAAAAGUAUUGCAGAAACUUAUUGAAAAACAUUAAUUAUCGAUGCUUGAAUUAACGAAUUCUCCAGUAUUGCGUAAUAAAAAAAGACAAUUUAUCCAGACAACCUAACGAGAAAACUUUUAAAAGAUUCGAACUGCAUGCCUAACCAUUAAACAUUUUUAUAAAUCUCUGCGAGUAUCUGAAUUAUCGUUCAUCUACUCAUAAUUCACAAUAUUCACGAGUGCCAUCAACUAUUAAAGUUUUGUCCGUUUCGAUCUCUGUUAAAAUUACAAGUAUUACAAUUACGAAAAUGGCUGUCAUCAUUUUCGUACAAUUAUUGCCCGAUUGCGCAAACCAUCGAUACGUGGUAUUGGAAUAUCGAUUCCGCAUGGCUCAUUUAAAAAGUGGCGAGAGAACACUGAGAUUACGAGUAAGUUGAGUUUGUCUUUAUACAAAGAUCGUCCUCGCAAACAAUUCACAGUAAUGAGACGAUCGACGAUGAAUUACACUACAACAUGAGACGGAAACAUCAUAGUUUUAACUUCCCUAAUUACACUUGCGUCGUUAAGUUAAUUUCAGUCGCCAUGAACUCUGGAACCGGUCAUUCACAUCAAAAACAGUUAUGUACAAUAAAAAGAUUUUUUUUCUUCAAAUAUCGAUCGUUUCAUCAGCUGCUACCCUCGUAGUGCAGUAUAGUAAUAAAAUUGUAAUGAUAAUUAUAAUGACGAUGUCGGUGAUAGUAAUAAUAGUAAUAGAAAUAAUAAUAAUAAUAAUAAUAAUAAUAAUAAUAAUAAUAAUAAUAAUUACAAUAAUUAUCAUAAUAUUAAUAAUGAUGAUAGUUAUAAUAAUAUUAAUAAUAACAGACGCAUUUUAAUAUUGUUGAAGCACGUAAAAAAUUUUUUAUAUCUUAAUAGGCGUAAACUUUAGCGCGCUAAAAACAAUUUAUAUAGAAAUCGAUUAUGCAAUGCUGAAGCAUAUUCAACUAUAUUUCAUAUAAUAACAUAAUCAUUGGAGUAAAUAUAACAUCGCAAGACAAUCCAAAGAAAAGGUACACAAGUAAGUAUGUCGACAUCCGUGCACUAUUUUCAUGAAAAAACUGUUGAGUUUGGAGAGCCUCGCAAUCUUGCAUAAUUUUUACAUUGCAGUCUUACGGUGAGCCAAUUAAAUAACGAUGGCAACGAUUUCCAUUAUAUCGUUCAUGAAUUAGCAUUAACAUUUUAAACGCAUAGUACUCAUAAAUCUAACAUAUUGUACAACAUUACUUUGCAUCUCGUCACAUUUUGCACUCGGUUUCCCCAGACGCGUGCUCGCACUUAAACGUUCGAACACGGUUUGGUAGUUUCAUUUUCUUAUAACUAAAUUGACUAUUUACAAUUUUUUAGCAUUUGUCGAGUUUUUACAUUUAGGGCAUAUUCUAAAAAUAACUCAAUACUUUCUAUAGAAGGCAACGUGCAACGUAUCUUGCAAUGUUAAGACUUCGGAAGUGAUCAAAACUUUUGUAACUUAUCUGCACCUUUCUUGGCCGUACAAUUAUAAAUUUGCGUUAUAUCUAAAAAAAAAAAAA